AUGGAUACAAGUGGCUCAGGAUCGUACUUUGUGGCAAUCUUUGGGGGAGGUCUGUGUUCAGCAGUGCAACUUUGUAGCAACUUUGCUGAUUACUUUGAUGCCAUCAUCGACUCUCUCAAGCAUGGUCGAAGAAAGGCGAGAGUCGUCUACGUCAUCAAAGCCAGCGGAGCACUUUGCUCUAUCGAGCCGGUGUCUUUAGGUCAGCAUCGCAACCUCCUUCUCCGCCUCGAGCUCCAUCUCUUCCCUCCUGACUCGAUGAGUUCCCGCGCCCCUUAUGCCAGCCGCAAACUGCCCAAAAUUGGGCGGGCGGCCUCUACCCCUUUUAGGUGCCUCUCGUUUAGAACACCGGAAAUUCCGGAAGGUCCUUUGCUUCGGUGUCUGCAUUCGAGGCGCGAGUGCGCUUCUUGCGCACUCUCUGGGUCUCUCCGCUACCCAUAC